CGCCGCUCCUGCCUCCUCUGCCUCUGCCAGGGCUGCUGCUGCUCUCUCGAGGAGGCGGGCGGGCGGGCGAGCGGGGCCCGGGCCGGGCUGUGGCGGUGCGUCGGGGCCGGGGCGAGCGGUGCCCGCCGGGCUCCUCCGGGGGCGGCGGCGGCUGCUUCUGCCUGGGCGGCCUCGGCGGCGGUGCGGGAGGCAUGAAGGGGAAGGAGGAGAAGGAGAAGGAGAAGAAGGAGGGCGGCGGAGGCGGAGGAGGAGGCGCAGGGCUGCCCGGCGGAGGGGAGGCGGGCGGCGGCGGCGGCAGCCCGGAGAAGACCCGCAGCGCCCAGGAGUACAAGGAGCAGGGCAACCGGCUCUUCGUCGGCCGCAAGUACCCCGAGGCCGCCGCCUGCUACGGACGGGCCAUCAACCGCAAUCCUCUGGUCGCCGUCUACUACACCAACCGUGCCUUAUGUUACCUAAAAAUGCAACAACACGACAAAGCUUUGGCCGACUGCAAGCACGCCCUGGAAUUGGACGGCCAGUCAGUCAAGGCCCAUUUUUUCCUGGGACAAUGUCAGCUGGAGAUGGAGAAUUACGACGAGGCCAUUGCUAACCUUCAAAGAGCCCACAAUUUAGCCAAAGAGCAGCGGCUGAACUUUGGGGAUGACAUUCCGAGCGCCCUGCGCAUCGCCAAGAAAAAACGUUGGAAUAACAUUGAGGAGAAGCGGAUCAACCAGGAGAACGAGUUGCAUGCUUAUCUCACCAAGCUCAUUAUGGCGGAGAAGGAGAGGGAACUUGACGAAUGCCAACGGGCACAGGAGCAGGAGAACAUGGAUGAAAACCGAAGCCGAGCACAGUUGGCCAACAUCAAAGCCAAACACGAAAAAUAUCUAGCAGACAUGGAUGAGCUCUUCUCCCAGGUGGAUGAGAAGAGAAAGAAACGGGACAUCCCUGAUUACCUGUGUGGGAAGAUCAGUUUUGAACUGAUGCGGGAGCCUUGCAUUACGCCGAGUGGCAUCACCUACGACCGGAAGGACAUCGAAGAGCACCUUCAGCGGGUUGGCCACUUCGACCCCGUGACUCGAAGCCCGCUGACCCAGGACCAGCUGAUCCCCAACUUGGCCAUGAAAGAGGUGAUCGAUGCCUUCAUAUCCGAAAACGGCUGGGUGGAAGAUUACUGAACUCCAAAGGACGGGGAAUGCUCCUGGGGCACCUCCAGGCUGCGACAGCAACCAAGAAGGACCCCUCCUCUCCAGACCGCACCAGACUGCCCGAUGGGCCACCCCCAUGCCUUAGCAUCUUCCCCCUUUCCCAUUCUUCGCCCGGCCGGCUCAGCCGAGUUGGGGUUGGCUCUCCCUUUCCCUCCUCCGGCACGCAGGAGGGUGGGGUAGCUCCGUGGCUCCCGUGGUCUUCAUCCAGGCAACAAGGAGACCUCAGCUUUUGAUCUGGACACAGGUGGAGUAGCUUCAUGUUUGUGGUGGUCUUCUUCUGAGCCGGAUCUCCUUCCGGGCAACAAGGAGACCUCAGCCUCUGAUCCAAGCAGGAUGGAAAAUGUUCCCAGCACAGAAGCUGAAGGAAGCUAAGUUCCUUUUCCCGGGCUUGGUAAGGGCCUCAUUAUCUCAAGCCGGUCUGACUUUGGCAGCACACCGUAAAACCCCUUCCCGCUUCCACCCAGAUCCCUUCGCCCCUUGCUCGGCACGCCUUCCUUCCACGCAGCCGUCAGCCCUGGCAAAAGGACCUGGCCCGCUCCGUGGAGCAAAGACUGGAUCCAGCCCACCCACCCAUCUUCCAGGAGACUCCCCUCUCCCAGCCAUUGCUUCUUCUUUUUCUCCUGGUCUCUUAAUCUGUACAAAGUUUUCUUUCUCCACCUCCGUUCUGCUGUCUGUUCAGAAGAGCCGAAGUUCUGCAUUUGCUUCUCUGUAAAUAAACGGCCACCGAUUUGGGGGCAAAUCAAGGAAGGGUGAAGA